CCCACCAACAUCUGCAGUAUACCUUUGGUUGUAUAAUUAUCAAACCACCGCACAACCAAAAACAGGGUGGCAUUAUUACACAACCACCGCACCAACAACUCCCACAGCACCACCAACCCCAACAAAAAUGUCCCCAGGGUGGCAUUAUUACACAACCACAGCACCACCAGCAUCUGCCCCAACAAAAAUGUCCCCAGGGUGGCAUUAUUACACAAGCAACGCAGCAACAACAUCUGCCCCAACAAAAACGUCUCCAGGGUGGCAUUAUUACACAACCACAGCACCACCAACUCCCACAGCACCACCAGCCUCUGCCCCAACAAAUAUGCCCCCAGGGUGGCAUUAUUACACAACCACAGCACCACCAACAGCCAUUCCCCCCUACCUUACCACAGGGACGCAAAUGCAUACCACCACUCCUCCACUCAGUAAACUACCUUUGCAAUUCUCCUUCCUUGUGGACCCACCUGUUCCCUCGUGUGCCGAGGGAUUCUACCUGCCGAGGUUUGUGGAGCCAACACCUGAAAAUGGAGCCCGCAUCCAGGCAGAGGUCAACAGAGAAGUGGAGAUCAGAGUGAAAGCAGUAGCGGCGUAUUCAAAAAUACAUGAUAUAAUCAUAAGUGGUCCAGUGAACAUCACCACGCAAAGGAACACAGAUGGGGAAUUUGUCAUUAGGUGGACGCCGAUCCAAGACGACCUGGGGGAUUUCUUCUCCAUCUGCUUUGCUGUUGAAUCAGUGGCCGGGGCGGACGUCUAUCAGACUGAGAUGAGGUGUGUUGUGGUGGAGGUCAAGGCGAAGCACGUUAAAAGCAAUGUGAUCUGCACCGAGACCACAAUGACAAUAGAGCUUGAGAAAGCUUCUCUCCCCGGACACCAUGCGGACCAUCUGAGGCUGAACGACGCCACCAACACCGCCUGCCGCCUGAAGUCCAACACCACCCACAUCUUUGCCGUCAUCCCCCUCAACGAUUGUGGGACCGACAUCGAGGAAGACGACAUUAACCUCAGGUUCAAGAAUGCAAUCACCACGUUUGACAAUGUGGCCGACGUGAUCACCAGGAAGCACCUGCUGGAGGUGGACUUCUACUGCCAGUACCCCAAACGUGGGAAUGUGAUGCAGGUCUUCAUGGCACACAGGCCCAAGGUCGAAGUUUGGGACAAGGGCUUUGGCACGUUCACCUACCAGUUUGAGUUCUAUCCCAAUGACCAAUACCUCACCGCCAUCGAUCCCAGCACAUACCCGCUGGUGUAUGUUCUGGGGAGCAGGAUCUUCAUGCAGAUUGAGGCCACCUCCUCCAUCAAUAACACCGUGCUGUUCGUGGAGUCCUGCAGGGUUACGCCAUAUGACAACCAGAACUACCAGCAAACCUACUCCAUCAUCGAGAACGGGUGUAACGUGGAUCAGACUGUUGAAAUCCACUCCACCUCCCACCAGAGACAAUUCCAGUUCAGCAUGGAGGCCUUCAAGUUCAUCGGCUCUCACGAUCAGGUGUACAUCAGCUGCACGGUCCUGAUGUGUGAAGCAGGAAGCCCCAACACCAGGUGCUCUCAGGGAUGCGUCAACUCCACAAUGCAGAGCGGUUGGCCUGCUGCUCACCACCAGAGGAAGAGGGAGCUCAUCGCUCAAGGUCAAAGGCACUUUGUUUCCCAGGGUCCCUUGCGCCUGGGGAGAUCAGCGGAGGACAACAAAAGCCCAGCGCUCCAGCUGAAUCUGAACCUGGUCUUCAUCGCCGGAUGUCUCCUUGCAGCCGUUGGCAUGAUCAGUGCAGUGGCCUUGUACAAGGCCAGAGGGUCAAGGGUCAGAUACCAACCUUUGUCCACGUUUGAAAGUUAAGUCAAUUCCAAAUUCUGUACGACUCAUUCUUUGAGUCUUUUCCUGUUUGACCCAUUCAGUAGUCCCCAGUAAUCCCAUGUGGCUUCACAAAUGCUUCUAUUAUUGUGUGUGCCAGCAUGUCUUAAUCAAUAGGUGCCACCCUAUCCAGUCAUUGUCAUGUCAAAGGUUAUCAUUACAUGUCAAAAGCUCUUUUAAUACUAGAACGUGUCAUUUAUGAAACACUUGAUGGAUCAAUAAAAAUGCCUUUUCUCCUGCA